AAGAUCAGAAAAGCGGCUCCUUAUAACCUUCACUCGCAUCAAUUUCCCAAAUUGAAGAAUUAGGGUUUUUUUAUUUUCCCUCUUUGUUUCAACUGAAGCAGUAAAAAUGGAUAGGCACGGAGGAGACUACGACGGCGACCAUUACCACCGUCCCCGCCACUACCCCUCCGACGACUUCCACUACCCCCACCACCACCACCACCACCAGCAGCAGUUCUACGAUGACUAUCCCGACCCCCACCACCGCCCCUACGAUGGCCACGACCCCGAAUUUGAUCACCACUACAGCCAGCCCCAGCACCAUCCCAUGUCCGGCGAUUUCGACGGUCCCUUCUACGGCAGCGGAUUCAACAGUGGCGGCGGCUACUCCGCGCCUUUCAGCGGGCGCAAGAGAGGACGCGCUGAUGCUAUGGGUUUGGCCAAGCUUUACGUCGCAGAAGUACCGAGAACGGCUGUUCAAGAAGAUAUCCGACCCCUGUUUGAGCAGUAUGGGCAUGUUGUUGAGGUUGUUCUGCUUUGGGAUAAGAGGACUGGCCAACAGCAAGGAAGCUGCUUUGUGAAAUAUGCUACAUUAGAGGAAGCCGACAGGGCUAUUAUAGGCUUAAAUAACAAUUACACUUUCCCUGGGGAAGGAUCUCCCAUUAAAGUUAGAUAUGCAGAUGGGGAGCGAGAACGCCCUGGACCUCAAUUGUUUCCUCCUGUGAAAGUCAGACAGUCAGAUGGGGAGCGAGAACGCCCUGGGCCUGUCAUGGAUAAGUUAUAUGUUGGAGGUCUGAACAAACAAGCUUCAAAAGUAGAAAUCGAAGAAAUAUUUUCUCCUUAUGGUGUGGUCGAAGAGGUCUACAUAGUACGUGAUGAACUGAAGCAUAGCCGUGGUUGUGCAUUUGUUAAGUACUCUCAUAGGGACAUGGCACUGGCUGCAAUCAAAGCAUUGAGUGGGAAUUUUACUAUGAGAGGUUGUGACCAGCCAUUAAUUGUUCGUUUUGCGGAUCCUAAGAAACCUCGGAGUGGAGAACCUAGGCCCACACGGAAUUUUGGUGAGCCAAUUGGAGGAUCUAUAGCCCCUAGCGCACCAAUUACCAAGCAGCAUAUUUCCACACAUUCACAGCCGGUACCUGUUUCUGAGAUUGUAGACCGAGCUACUGCAGAUGACGGUAUCAUGCAAAAUCCUUUUCCUUCGAUGCAGCCAGCAUCUUUAGAGGUAUCUCAGAAGUAUGUGCAGACUCCAGAGGUCACUGGGUCAUCACAACCAUCUGCCCCCCAGGCACAGAAGCAUCCGCAGGUGCUCCCGCAAUCAACUCAAAAUUCCGAGCAGCAGCACAGUUCACAAAGUACCAGGCAGGAGUUUGUUCUACUGUAUUCUCAGUCUCCUCGGGCGGUUCCAAGCACUUCUGCUUUGUCUCCUGCAUUUAUUGAGAUGGAUGAUUUAGAGUGUGAUUGGAGUCAACAUGUCUGCCCUGAUGGAAACAAGUAUUACUAUAAUUGUGUUUCAUUGGAAAGCACAUGGGAUAAGCCGGAUGAAUUUGCAAGAUAUGAACGAGAAUUGGAGAAGAGGCGAAAGCAGCAAUGUGAUGGCAAACAUUUUACUGCUAUCACACCAGAUUGUUCUAACCAACAAAUUGCUCAAGGACAAUCUCUGUCACUUCAGAAUACUCUCCUCUCUCGGGAACUGAAACAUCAUGUAUCUCCCCUGGAAAAGGUACAUUAAGAAGGAGCUUCAAUCUAUGAUCCAACAUGCAUUUAGCAGAUGGAAGAUAUUCAGAUAACGGGCAAACAGACAGGGGAUUAGUUGGAAACUGAAGCUAAAGGGUGCGGUAUUCAUCUGAUAUGUGAUAUCACUCCAUUAGAUGAAGAGGCCCUCAGCCUUAUGAGGGAUUGAUUUCGGUUCCUGGGUAUGAGAGAAAAUCCCCGUGAGAUAGCUAAGCUAGACGUUGGUAAAGUCGGUUGUGCAUAAUGGUGUUGUAGAUUCUUCUCUUCUUUGAGUGCCUCAUUUUGGUUUCUGAUCUCUGUUAGAUGUUGCUAUUCGGAAUCUUGCGCAAUUUCAACAAGGCAAAAUGCUGCGCAAGUUCAGAUGGGA